GUUCAGAAAUCUGAUAUGAACUGAACAAAAAUGAACUUUAAUGAACGUUCAUAAAAACUUCAAUCAAUCUCAAUUCUCAAAGUGAAAACAAUGAACUCAAAUAAUAAAAUAAAUGAUGAGAAACGUCUAAUACUCAGCGAGUUAAUUAAUGUAACACGUGAAAUAUCAUCGAAAUACAAUGGAGGAAAACAAGUUGUGACAGAAGAACAUCCAGAAGUUGAGCGAUUACUUCAACUUUUAGAAAAAACUCUUUGUUAUGGUUUGAAGAGUUCAAUUUUGGAAAAUGUUCAGGAACUGUUUUUGUUAUCAUCAGCGCCAAAUGGAAAUUUAUUUUGGAGUUUUGCAUCGCAACACCUCACAAAACAUGAGCUAGAAAGAUUUUCAAGCUAUAAAAAUCUGUGGACGGAUCGUGGAAAAACAAAAGCUUUGAUAAGAAAUGCUCUGAAUGAACGUUGUUUAGAACGAUAUAUUUUGACAUGGUUGUCUGCUGAAAACAUCGGUGAAUUUUAUGAACCAUUUGCCUUAUUACGUGAUGAGAAAGCGACAGCAAUUCUUCCAAAACUUGCAGCAGAUCUCAGCCCUGUGUUAUUUGCUAUUUCAAUUGACAUUCCAGAAUUAAAUGUAACAUCUAGCAAAACACCUGCAACGAAACCCGAGCCAAUCAUUGCUGUUCCAAACUCAAGUAAUGUAAUGAAAGCUUCGGCGGGAAAACUUCGUCGAAAUAUUGACGACUUUGAAGAAACGGUGAAAGUUCAUGAAGUGACAAAUUCUGUAAAAGUGGAAAACUUUUUACUGCCGUCAUCAACAUUGGAAUCUUCUUCUCAUUCGAGUAAUAAAACAUCAUUUACCACAGAGUCAUCCGCUGGCUCGUCUUCUAAUUUUAACUUCAAGGAUGACAUGCAAAAUUUGCAUUUGAAAGAUGACGACACAAUUUCGCAUUCAAGUUCGUCAUCAGACGAGAGCUUCACUGAGAACAAAGAAAUCCAAACGGUUGAGCAUAUUGCAACUGUAGAACCGCUAAUAAAUGCAACAACUCAAAUCGACAACGAGGUCAUCAUCCAAAAGCAACGAGAACGUAUUAUGGAACUUGAGAACCAAAUCCUUGAAUUGACUUCAGAAAACAGUCGUUUGAGAAAUCUCCUCAGCACAACAAAGAUCAAUAAUCUCGCCAACUUUCAAAUCUCAAUCCCACGAGCAACACUUCAAAAGACAAAAACGAAAAAUUAUUACAUUUAUGAGAUAAAUUUGCGAUCAAAAAAUGGAGAUGAAAGUUGGACAAUUUUCAAACGUUAUCGCGAUUUCCAUAAACUUCAUAAAAAUCUCAAGAAAGAAUAUCUUCAAAUUAAAGUUCUUGAUUUUCCUCCCAAGAAAAAGAUUGGAAAUCUUGACUUUGAUUUCGUCGAGGAAAGACGACAACGAUUGCAGGUUUACAUUCGACACGUAUUACAAAAUCUUCCUGAACUGGCAACUUGUGAUUCGCGAAAAAUUUUGGAAGCAAAAUGUCCAUUUUUUAAAACAUAA